AUGUCGCUCCUUCAAGUCGAAUCCCACAUCACCAUCGCCAAGCCGCCGGCGGCUGUCUUUGAUUUCAUUUCCUCGCCUAUGAACUGGGCUGGUCUGCAUCCUGGCAGCAGGGAGAUCAAAGGAGAUGGUGUUCACACAUCUGCCAAAGUUGGCACUCGCUUUAUUGAGGUCAUUGACGACAAGAAUGGAUUGAAGUUCGAUGCCGAAUGGGUUGUGACACGCAAUUACAAGGAUGAAUUCUUUCAAUUUCAAUUCCCCUCGGACUACAGCCACGGUCCAUUCCAGGAGAUCGUCAUCACCUACAAUGUCGGUCAAAACACAGACGACUCCACCUCCUUCACUCGCAGAAUGGUAAGCUGGAUUAAGCCGGGCGUUGACACCAAGCCUCUCAGCUCCUUCUACGAGAAUGACAUGCACAAUGAGUAUGUUGCUGCUGUCAAGGCUCAUGUUGAAGCAGUUUAA